UACCUCACAUGUAAGUAUAAACAUAACGUUUUUUUGUUCGAGCUAUUUCAAUUUUUAAUAAAACUUAUGACCGCGGUCUAGUUUGAACCGGUAAACAUUGAUAAAUCAUUUAAAAACCUUCAUUUCGUGAUGGACAACGCUCAGCGAAGGUAACCAAAUUAAAUCCUAACAAACUGCAACAACGAAAUCGCGUAGAGGUGGAAUUCAAAAACUCGUUUCAAAAUUUUCGAGGCGCUACAAAAUUAGUAAAAUCUGCAUUGGGCAAGUAUGGAUCUACGCGCCGUCCAAUUUCGUACAUAAAGAAAUCGCGUCGCGCUCAUCAUUUCAGUUGUGCGCCUGAAACUGCUGAAAAAUAAACUCCCAGGACAAAAAUUAUGUGUUCGUAAAUAUGGAGGGUAAAUAUAAGGGUGGCGUGGACAAUAGUGCGUUCCAAUUGCAAGAGAAUGGAGUGAGCAAAAACGAAGACACAGUUGGGGAUUUAGUUAGCAACACAAAUUUCCAUGAUGCUCCGAAGAAGGAAAGAAAGAAAUCCUUGGUGCAACUCACAAGGGAGGCUUUGCCCAGAUUGGAGAACUACAGGAACUCCAAGAGGGCUGUGAAAAGGCCUUCACUUGGAGAAUUGCAUGGAGGAGAAGACACGAUCAAAGACGCCAAAAAUGCAGAAGACGACAAUGAGUCUUCUCCACCAGGACACGUGGGUAUCAAAUUGGGAUGGAUUCAAGGUGUCUUGAUUCCAUGCUUGCUGAACAUAUGGGGGGUUAUGCUUUUUUUAAGAUUGUCUUGGGUGGUGGCUGAAGCGGGUAUAGCUCAAUCUUUAAUAAUUAUUGGUAUAUCAGCAGUGGUUUGUGUAAUUACGACUUUAUCUCUCUCGGCAAUCAGUACAAAUGGAGAAGUUAAAGGAGGUGGAAUCUACUACAUUAUCUCGAGAUCUCUCGGUCCGGAGUUCGGCGCCUCAGUGGGCAUAGUAUUCGCGUUCGCGAACGCCGUAUCCGCCUCGAUGAACACCAUCGGCUUCUGCAACUCGCUGAGCGACCUGCUCAACGUCUACGAUCUCAAAAUCAUCGACGGCGGCGUGAACGACACGAGGAUCGUGGGUACCGUCGCCAUAAUCGUGAUGAUUUGCAUCUGCGCAGUGGGCAUGGAGUGGGAAUCCAAAGCGCAGAACUUCCUGAUCGCCAUCAUUUUGGGGGCCAUGGCUGAUUUUAUCGUGGGGGCUAUUAUAGGGCCCCAAAACGACUUGCAGCUGGCCCGGGGAUUCGUUGGAUUCAAUCUUACAACUUUUGCUGACAAUUGGGGACCAAGUUACAGACCCUCUGAAGGAUUAAAUUAUGACUUUUUCCAAGUUUUUGCCAUAUUUUUUCCAUCUGUCACUGGAAUACAAGCUGGUGCAAAUAUUUCAGGAGACCUUAAAGACCCUGCAGCGGCCAUACCAAAAGGAACUUUUCUAUCUUUAGUAAUUUCUAUGAUUUCAUAUGCUGUUUUCGUUAUUUUUGCUGGCGGAGCCGCAAUCAGAGAUGCUAGUGGAAGUAUUUCUGACCUAGCCAAUGGAACAGUAACAACUAGUUGUAUACAGGGAUUUAAUUGCAAAUAUGGACUUUUUAACAGUUACCAGAUGAUGCAAAUCAUGUCUAGUUGGUGGCCACUUAUAUACGCUGGAUGUUGGGCGGCCACUCUAAGCACAGCCUUGACAAACCUACUAUCAGUGCCAAGAUUAAUACAAGCCUUGGGAAUCGACAGAAUUUACCCAGGCUUAAUUUUCUUCUCCAAAGGUUACGGAAAGGCGGGCGAACCUUACCGCGGAUACGUUUUGACUUUCUUUGUAUCUGCUGCAUUUUUACUAAUAGCCGAGUUGAAUGCUAUUGCUCCGCUUAUAUCGAACUUUUACUUGGCCUCUUACGCCCUUAUCAACUUCUGCACAUUCCAUGCCGCUUUGAUAAAGCCUUUGGGAUGGAGGCCCACCUUUAGAUAUUACAACACAUGGUUGAGUUUAUUCGGCUUUAUCCUAUGCGUUGUAAUAAUGUUCCUCAUCAACUGGCAAUCGUCAUUGAUAACUUUCAUCGUAAUCUUGGGACUCUAUCUUCUGGUAGUCUACAGAAAACCUGACGUGAAUUGGGGAUCAUCAACUCAAGCACAGACGUACAAAACCGCCCUGACAACAGCUCACAGACUGAUCAACAUCGGCGAGCACGUAAAAAAUUAUAAGCCACAAAUUAUCGUCCUUUGCGGAAUGCCUCAGGCCAGGCCUCCGCUAGUCGAUUUGGCUAAUUUGAUUACUAAGAACAAUUCGUUGCUAGUGAUUGGAGAUGUCGUUAAGGAUCGUCUUUCACACAGGAUUAGAACGACAAGAAAUAACAAUGUCUAUUCGUACUUGAGAAGCAUUAAAGUAAAGGCCUUCUACACACUAAUUGACAAUAUGAAAUUUGAGGUUGGCGCUAAAGCCCUACUUCAGACGACCGGUAUAGGAAAAUUAAGCCCAAAUGUUCUGAUGAUGGGCUACAAAAAUGACUGGGUGACAUGCAACAGAGACGACUUGGUGUCUUAUUUCAAUGUUUUGCAUGCCGCCCUCGAUCACAGAGUGUCCGUGGCGAUACUGAGGCUGCCGAACGGACUUGACUAUAGCAAGAUAACCCAAGACCAAGACGAUCAAGGUAUCAGUAUCGGGGAAGCGAAUGUGCCUGCAAAUUUAGAAAUGCGAACUUCAGCUUCUAGUAACAUGAUGCGUGCCGACUCUAACCAAAGUCUUCCUAAUGUAGGAGUCGCUUCUGUAGAUCUCCCUUCUAAAAAUAGUAUCUACGAUAAAAACAACAAGCUGAAACUGAAAACGAAGACCAAAGACCCGGAAAUUCUGAGCUGCGAUUCCGACUGUAAGCUGUCGGGGAUCUCCAUAGAUAACAUGAUGGUGUUCAGGAAGAAGCAGAACAAGGGCAACAUCGACGUUUGGUGGCUCUAUGACGAUGGAGGACUGACGAUGUUGCUUCCGUAUAUUAUAUCGACAAGGCAGGACUGGUCCAGUUGCAAAUUGAGGGUGUUUGCUCUGGCGAACAACAAGAACGAACUUGCCACCGAGGAAAAAAAUAUGGCACAUUUAUUGUCAAAAUUCCGAUUGAACUACUCCAGCCUAAAAAUGGUAUCUCUAUCAGACAAACCACAGGACAAGACGAUAUACUGGUUUGACAACUUACUAAAAGACUUCAAAAACAAUGAUGAAACCAAAGAAAACGAUUGCAAAGUAUCAGACAGGGAACUAAACCACCUGCAAGAAAAAACUCAUCGGCAACUAAGACUCAGAGAGUUGCUGUUGGAGCAUUCCAACGAGGCAAACUUGAUUGUCAUGUCGUUGCCGAUGCCCAGAAAAGAGACCGUAUCGGCCCCCCUCUACAUGGCCUGGUUGGAGGCCCUCACACGUGAUCUUCCCCCUUAUCUUCUAGUAAGGGGCAACCAACAGUCUGUUUUAACUUUUUACUCUUGAUUUUAUUUAUAAGAUGUUUUAUUGUAAACCUUAACAAUACCAAAUGUAGUUAUGUUAGAUGUAGUAUUUAUAUUUUAAAAUAAAAUUUAUUUUAUAAAAAAU